UGUACAAUAUUCAAUUAUACAUAAUUUUUAUAUUUUAUAUAUAACAAAUGUUAAAUUACAAACUACUGGAGGAAUAAUUAAACGUUCAGGUGAUGUAACAUGUUAAAGCGUCACUCGCGACACGAACAAUACAAUAUCAUAAAGACUAAAAUAAUCUUUGAUUUCCAUAAUUAUAUAAUACGAACUGCACACAUUUAAUUACUCGAACGAUGAAACGAAAGUGAAAUAGCUGCUUUAAAUAUGAUAAUCGAUCUAGUUCGUCUUAUGCGAUUAUAUAAUAUUCUACAUUCAAAAGCCACGAGAGCGAGAGAGAGAGAGAAACGUAGAACGCUUUACGGUCUCUCUACACAGUCUGGCUAUAUAACGCUGCUCUAUCACUGUAUCAAAGUUUCAGCCAGGCGCGCCUGUAUGGCUUUUAUGCGAUAAAUUAAGAGGCGCUAAUUACGGCUCAUACAUAGAUACGUCAAGCAAUUUAUGCAGUUUCGCGCAUAUAUUCAAGAUCUAUAAUGAGAUCUAUAUCGAUACACGAGCUCAAGCCAAGGACGCACGAACUCUCCAAGUUUAGAUUAGGAAAGUCCACGUCGUUGCUCUGAAAUGACGAAGUAUCCUUUACGAGAAAAUUUUCAAUAGAGAAUUUAAACAAACUUGCCGAAACUCAUCGCGUGGAUCGCGUUUGCAAGACUCGCAAUCGUCGUCUGUCGACUUAAGGAACGAUUUUACAACGUGUUUCCAACGUGAUUAUCCAACGCUAUAUGUUCGACGUUCUUAAAACGUCAAAAUUGCAUUCGGCCGGGAUAGGACCGAUUCUUCAUCCCUCUACUUGCAAACUCAUUAGUUUACAUAGCAACAUCGUACGCUCCUCCAGACAAGGGGUCAGACAAGAUCAAUGGGUGGAUCAAGUCUGGCACGUUGAUCGAGCAUCGCCGUUCCACGAAUACUAUAGUAUCUAAAAGCUUACACCGAGAGACGACACUGAAAAAGCGCCCGAAGGGACUAAGAUUAAAAGAGCUAGAGUAAAUAAUGCAAAAAAGCUCCUCGACUCGUAAAUACGUCCGCGAAGUAGGUAAAGAAGAGAACCGGCGCGGCAGUUUACGAGAGAAUACAGAUGGUUCUCCGAGUUUGAUCCGUAUUGCGGUGCAUUAAUUCGAAUGAGGUACGAGUCUGAGAUGGGCUAAAGCGACCCCGGAGUACAUCCAGCGAAGAUAAGACCCGGUAUACAGUGCUGUGGAGUGUGAUGAGGAUGGACCCGUGCGAAGAGAGCCGCGCGACAGAGACGAGGCACGCCGCGGAUUCGAUCGCGCGUCGCGCUCCACGUGAGAUUAGGAUGCAGUGAUCGGGGGAAGGGGAGGUGGUGGUGCGGUGAGGUCAGGUGGCGAGAGGGGGAGGUCUGCGGGAGUGGACGAAGACGAUGCAUCACGCUGGCGGUGUCGGUGGCGGCGUCGGUGGUGGCGGAGGCGGCGGUGGCGCCGGCGCCGGUUACGGCGGCGGGCCGCAGGAGCGCGUGCACCAGGCUCCGAGGCCGGUCCAGCCCGACAAGUGUCCCUACGAGACCUACCAGGCGCAGAUCCCGGACUGCUGCGCGGCCGCGGUAGCGGCCCAGGACCCGUAUCCACGGCCGCCCAGCGGCUACGACGGCAGGUGCUACGACGAGUGCCAUCGCAGGACGCCGUAUCAGGAGGAAUCCUAUUCUCAGGAUGUAUCCUCGACAUUCCAUCGGCCCCAGUCUAGACUGGGAUACGACGAGCGUCCUCAGUCCCGGGUGGGAUACGCCUCGGAUUCCAGGUGCACUAGCGGACUUGGAUACGACGACACCGGUGGGGGUUACCUGGAUCAGAGUGACCCGAGGAUGUAUUGCACCGGCGGCUAUUGCAUGGGGGACACGAUGAUGGCGACGAGCAGAGGUGUGUGCGGCGAAGAGGUCGAGCUCGACAUGCGAAGGCACAUUCAGGCCUGCGCCUGCACAUGCAAUCACAUGGGCUACGGGAAUUACAUGGACUAUCAGACCACGUGCCUAACAGAACUGCCAGAUGUGGCGCCAUGCAACGGCACCGUGCGGCUGCCGCCGCCGUGCGAGGAUUCGCCCAGCAGCGGCAGCAGCAAGGACCGCAGAGACGAGAGUCCUCGUAGGAGAUGUCGGCUGUUGGCGCCUGUCCUGUUCUUAGUGGCCGUCCUGCUCCUCGGAGGCCUCUGUCUGCCGUUUCUACUUCAAUCCGCGCCUGCCACGCACCAGCAGAGGCUGGACGUGAUCAGGAGGAUCCUCACUGAAGUGCCUCUGAUCGACGGGCACAACGAUUUGCCCUGGAACGUCAGAAAGUUCGUACACAAUCAACUUGGCGAGGUCAACCUGAGCAGCGACCUCGGCAGGGUCGACCCUUGGGCCAGAUCAGACUGGAGUCACACGGACAUCCCUAGAUUACGCGCUGGCCUCGUUGGUGCACAGUUUUGGUCCGCCUACGUUCCUUGCGGUGCCGCUCAGUUAAACGCAGUUCAACUUUCACUGGAACAGAUCGACGUGAUUCGUCGACUCGCCGAAAUGAAUGCUCAACAUUUAACCCUGGUUACCUCUGUCAAAGGUCUCAUUGAGGCUCAUAGAGAAGGAAAAAUCGCAAGUCUAAUCGGAGUAGAAGGGGGUCACUCUCUGGGGAAUUCUUUGGGCGUUCUUAGGACGUUUUACGGUCUAGGAGCGCGAUACCUUACUCUAACACAUGCGUGCGACACCUCCUGGGCAGUCUGUUCUGUUGGCGAGACGAACAACACUCAGGACUCCUCACCGGGCCUCAGCGAUUUUGGGAAAGCAGUUGUCAGAGAGUUGAACAGGCUGGGCAUGUUGGUCGAUCUCUCGCAUGUCUCGACAAGAACGAUGAGAGCAGCCCUGCAGACUACGAGGGCGCCGGUGAUCUUCUCGCACAGCGCAGCCAGGGCGCUAUGCAAUUCUACCAGAAACGUGCCGGACGACGUGCUCAGAAAUCUGGCUAAGAACGGCGGGGUGGCGAUGGUCCCUUUUUAUACCUACUUCAUAACAUGCAACAGCACUGCUACUAUAAAAGAUGUUAUUGCACACAUCAAUCAUAUUCGAAAGGUGGCGGGGAUCGAUCACGUCGGGAUCGGAGCAGGUUUCGACGGGAUAAAUUUCACUCCCACGGGCUUGGAGGAUGUCUCGAGAUAUCCACAACUAUUGGCCACUCUAUUGGAAGAUCCCACAUGGACAGAAGACGACAUCAAGAAACUAGCCGGUCUCAAUUUAUUGAGAGUAUUCGCGAAAGUUGAACAGGUUCGUGACGAGUGGCACAGAGCGGCGGUAUUACCCGUGGAGAAGAUCAGUCCACCAGACAAUUCGGCCUGCGUCUAUGGCACAUCCUGAUCCUCUUUGAGGACGUUCGUGCCGGGAUUUCUCGAUUUUGCGCGAUCGCCGAGGAUCCUACGGGUGCCGUGGCAUUACUGGAGUCUGUAAGGACGCGUGUCCUGAAUCGUCAAAGGAAGAUUUUAUGAGAAGAGCUCCACGGAUAUCUCCAACGGAAACGACCAACUAAUCUACACCGAAAGAACUGCCGACUACUUCUACUUCAGGGAUUCCAUCGCGCCUUAACGAAACACGAAGAUUCAGCGCGGAAACGCGACCAGUCCUUCGAAAUUAAUGGCGUCGUGGAUCCUUCGGAAAAUCAUUUUUAAGACAACAAGCUUCGUUUGCCUGAGAUGUCAUUCGAAAAGAAGAUAUUGAAAUCAACGCCAUUCACGAUAAUAACGUAAAUUGCAGUCAUCACAUUUGAAAAAUAAAUUGUCCGUCUCCUAUAAAAACGCGCCAUUUAAUUUUGUGCAAUAUUGAGUAAGAAUUACACCUCAUAAUGUUAAAGAAAGAUUAAUGACUGUUUUUAACUCAGUACUUUUAGCACGCUUAUAAAUUAUUCAGCAUGAUUUUGCGAUUAUUUAUCAGGCAUUUCCGUCCAGACUUUAAACUUGACUUAAUAAUAUACGUAUUCAUCAUUUCACAAUUCGCAUCACGAGCAUUAAAGCACACAUGCUUUAUAAUAUAUAUUCUAACUUGAAAUCAAUAAUAAUCAGAAAACAAUACGGAAAUAAAAACAUAAAUUGCAAUUUCUUAACUUUCGCGUUAUCAGUUACGGUGUUUUUUUUAUGCAAUCACAAAGACAUACAGCCAGCUUAUUUGUGUUAUUGUAUUAAUCGUAAGGCGGUCGGAAAAAUCCUCAAAGUUCUUCUUGAAAGAGAUAAAGACUUUAAAUUCUCAGCUCACAUUUAGUUAGUAUCAAUUAUAUGGCCACCUGAUUCUCAUAUCAUGCGAUUACAGCACACGCAACACGCGAUUUCCAUAUUAGAUAAAUAAAACACAGAAUCAGACAGCCAUUUAUAGCGUUGAAUAUGCAAGAAUACGAACAGAUUGUACGUGACAAUUAUAUGUGAUUAAUCAUAUGAAUUGGCAUUAAAACAAAAUACGUAUCUGAAUACAGCAAGAGUAUCAUUAUAAUCGUUACAUUGUUCUUUAUAUUUGAUUUGAGAACAAAUGUAAACGACACUGUUAUACAUCAAACAUAAUUAGAUAAAAAAUUCUUAGACCUUUUUAAUUUUCAAC